AUGGCGUCAGAGCCUGUUAACGGAGAAGGAAUCGAUGGAAGCAGUGAGAAGCGAAGCAUUAGAGUUUAUACGAGGAAAGGUAAAGGUCAGAGGAAACAUACUCCAGUCUUUGCAGCUCAGCUUAGUGGUGAUGACCGCGAGAAGGCAGAGGGGAAAUUAGAAAACGAGAAGGAUAACAAUCACGUGAAUCCUCCCGAAACCAUAGCUCGAGAGUCUGUGGAUCCUAUCGUUGGGGUGAAGAAUUCUGAUGAGGAGUCUGCUCCGGAGACCAAUUAUCAGGAAGACGUUGAAGCCAGUGUAGCCAAAAACUCAGCUGAAGCAUCUUCUGAAAACCUGCCUGGUGAUGGUUCUGACAAAGUGAUUGACAAGCCUCUUGUGGAAGCAUUUUCUCAAGCCGAAGCUCAGGAUGAUGCUGGUUUGGUCGCUACUGCUAAGAACGUUAUUCAAUCUGUCCCAGGUCCUUUGGGUCAGGACGACGUGGAUACUGUUGUAGGCGAGAAGUCUGUGGAAGUACCUUCUCAAAGCCCCAAAACUCAAGAUGAUGUCAAUACAGUGGUUGUUGAUGAGAACUCUAUCAAGGAACCUCCUAAAAGCCUUGCCCAAGAAGAUGUGAAUACAGUGAUUGUUGACAAGGUCUCUAUUGAAGCACCUUCUCAGGCGCUAUCCGUGGAAGAUGUCAAUACGGAUAUUGUUGUCGACAAGAAUCCUAUUGAAGUGUCUUCUGAGGAGUAUGUCCACGUGGUAGAUGCGGAUAACCAAGUAAAAGAAGCUCAUCCUGAAAACCUUGUGGAAAGAGAUCCAACUGCUGACCAACAGCCAGCAAGGCUUACCUCGGAUUCUGCUCAAAACAUCCAUGCUAGUCCUUCUGAAAGCAUGCCAAUGGAUGAGGAUGUAGAUGGUCGUAUAAGGAUACAUGUACCCUCCAAAUCGAAGCAACAGAAAGAGGAGAUCAGGAAGAAGCUUGAAGAUCAGCUUAACGUGGUAAGGGGUCUGGUAAAGAAGAUAGAGGACAAAGAGGGUGAGAUUGGUGCAUAUAGCGAUUCUCGUGUCUUGGUUAACGCUGGUGUUAAUAACGGAGGAGGAAGGAUUCUCUCAGGGUUCGCCUCAGCUGGACUUCCUCGUGAGGUCAUCAGAGCACCAAGGCCUUUAAAUCAGCUUAGUAUAUCAGUGUUGGAGAAUACUCAGGGAGUCAAUGAGCAUGUAGAGAAAGAGAAAAGAACACCCAAGGCGAAUCAGUUUUAUAGAACUUCUGAGUUUUUACUUGGUGACAAGUUGCCACCUGCAGAGAGUAACAAGAAAUCAAAAUCAAGUGCAAAGAAGCACGGAGGGGAGGCUGGGCAUGGUUUUGGUGCAGGCUCUAAAGUUUACAAGAAUUGCAGUGCUCUACUUGAAAGGCUGAUGAAGCAUAAGCAUGGUUGGGUGUUCAAUGCUCCUGUAGAUGUGAAGGGUCUAGGUUUGCAUGAUUACUUCACCAUUAUCGAGCACCCAAUGGAUUUGGGAACUGUCAAGUCUGCGUUAACAAAGAAUAUGUACAAGUCACCGAGAGAAUUUGCGGAGGAUGUCAGACUUACUUUCCACAAUGCCAUGACGUACAACCCUGAAGGACAAGAUGUCCAUGUCAUGGCGGCAGUGCUAUUACAGAUGUUUGAGGAGAGAUGGGCAGUCAUAGAGGCAGAUUAUAGUCGUGAAAUGAGAUUUGUUAGUGGUUAUGAGAUGAAUCUUCCAAAUCCUACAAUGAGGUCUAGACUGGGUCCUACGAUGCCGCCACCUCCCAUUAAUGUGAGGAAUACGAUUGACAGAGCAGAUUGGGGUAGUCGCCAUGCUGACUUGCAGCAUCCUAAGCCGACUCCAACACCUGGCAGAACACCGACCAGUACAACACCUUCUGGAAGGGCACCUGCUCUGAAGAAGCCAAAGGCAAACGAACCAAAUAAAAGAGAUAUGACGUAUGAGGAGAAGCAGAAGCUUAGUGGCCACUUGCAGAAUUUGCCUCCUGAUAAACUGGAUGCAAUUGUGCAAAUUGUUAACAAGAGGAACACUGCUGUGAAGCUACGGGAUGAAGAAAUUGAAGUCGAUAUUGAUAGUGUUGAUCCGGAGACCCUGUGGGAGUUGGACAGAUUUGUAACCAACUACAAAAAGGGCUUGAGCAAGAAAAAGAGAAAAGCUGAGCUAGCUAACCAAGCUAGAGCGGAAGCCGAGAGGAAUAACCAGCAACAGAUGGCUCCAGCACCAGUGGCACGUGAGUUUUCUAGGGAGGGUGGCAACACAGCUAAAAAGACACUCCCGACACCAUUACAUUCUCAACUGGAGAAGCAAAACAAUGAGACGAGCAGAUCAAGUAGUUCAAGCAGCUCUUCCAGUGGUUCCAGCUCUUCUAGUGAUUCGGACAGCGAUAGCUCUUCGUCAUCUGGAUCAGAUCGGACCUAG